GGAAAAGUGGAAGAAUUGGUUGAACGUGAGCAGUCCCUAAAGAAUCCCCAGCAUAAUGGGGAUGCCAAGAGCCCAGAAAGUGGCCUGAAAGUUAAAAAUUUUGAUGAAGGCUCAUGUUAUCAACAUCAUGAAGAACCUCGCAAGAAAGACGGAUUAACUUAUGAAUCCUCCGGUUAUUCGGACGCUAAGCGUGGAAUGGUCUUGUCAGAAAAUUUUGAAACCGAGACAGUACAGCGGCUUGAUGAGGCUGCUUCAGGAUCUGCAACACUCGCACCGGCUGAAACUACGAUCUCCGGUCAAGACGUUGAUGGGUAUAAGAUAUAG